UCAAUGACUGUCAAUGAGUAAUAUUUAUCUUUAUCACUUCAAACUUGUUGAUUUGCCAGAAUAAUAACGUUCCAACGAACAAAUUUUUACAGAGUUAGUUUUUUUCCUUCUCCUAAAAUGGGAACCGAAACAUUUUUUCAUAAAAUUAAAAUUACCCCUGUCGAUAGACGUGUCCAAGUAAGGGCAAAACUUGACGAGCUUUUUGCAAAGUAUAGAAAUAGCACGGGCCCAAAACCAAUCGAUUUACCACAAAAACCAGAGACGAUCGAGGAACGCCUCGACAAAAUACAGAGCGAAAUUCAGGAACUACAAGGAGACGUAGAAAAUUCAAAAUAUUUUGAAAAAUCGUCCGUCCCUUACAGGCGAAUAGAACAUUCAUGCACCAAGUUACAAAUUCGUCUGGAUGAUCUCCAACUAGACGAGGAUGACGCUUUGAUAAAAGUGCGAAGAGAUGCUCUCGUAACAAUUGAGUCUGUCAGAGAAACCUUAAAUUCAAAAACUAAUGCAUAAAUAAAAAAAUAAAUCUCUUAAAUAAAUAAUUUUGACCAUAAUUA